AUGAAAGAAACUAUCAUGAACCAGGAGAAACUCGCCAAACUGCAAGCACAAGUGCGCACUGGUGGGAAAGGAACUGCUUGCCGAAAGAAGGUGGUUCACAGAACGGCUACAGCAGAUGAUAAAAAACUUCAGUUCUCCUUAAAGAAGUUAGGGGUAAACAAUAUCUGUGGUAUUGAAGAGGUGAAUAGGUUCACAAACCAAGGACCAGUGAUCCACCUUAACAACCCCAAAGUUCAGGCAUUACUGGCUGCGAACGCUUUCACCAUUCCCAGCCACACUGAGACAGAGCAGCUGACAGAAAUGCCACCCAGUAUCUUAAACCAACUCGAUGCAGGCAGUCUGACUAGUUUAAGAAGACUGGCUGAAGCUCUGCCCAAACAAUCUGUGGAUGGAAAAGCACCACUUGCUACUGGAGAAGAGGAUGAUGAUGAAGUUCCAGAUCUUAUCCUUAUCACCAAGAACAUUUACAUCCACAGAUACAGGGAGUAG